AUGAGCAUUCUCUCAAGCCAAACUCCUGUUAUCAUUUCUCGCUCUGGGGCACGCAUCUACGUGGAACACGACCCAAUAGCCCCUCCUCCUCAUCCAGGCUUGGGCUGGACUCGCUUCGUUUGCAUCUCCGACAACCACUCGAAGCUAUUUCCUGUACCACCGGGCGACGUUCUGAUACAUGCAGGAGACCUGAGCAGCUGGGGGUACACCGCUCACCUCAAGACCACCACGAACUGGCUUAUGAGCAUGGACCACCCAUGUAAAAUAGUGACUGCUGGGAACCACGAUUUAUGCCUUGAUCCGUUGUUCACUUGGGAAGGGACGGGGUCGAUGCCCCCCGAGGAGCUGGCAGCUGCUCGUGAAUUGGUCAAAGGCCAUGCGGCCCUGGGAGCCAACAUCCGUUACCUUGAGAACGAGGCUACAGAGAUUGAAGCAGGUGGUCGACGUUGGAAGAUAUACGCAUCUCCGGCCUCGCCGUUGUACGCGCAAGGUGCUUUCAAGUAUCAUGGCCAAGGACAGGCGACAGAACUGUGGUCGAGAAUACCGGAGGAUAUUGACAUAUUGAUAACGCACACCCCUCCGCACGAUAUCCUGGACGCGACACGGAAGGGGGUGAAAGCUGGAUGCGCAGUUCUUCGAUCCCGGCUCGAGGACCUCCCCAAUUGCAGGCUUCACGUCUUUGGCCACAUCCACGAAGCUCAUGGGGUCAUGAUACAUGGUAAUAUUGCCGGCGGUGAACGGGUUUUCGUGAACGCUGCGUUGGGUUCUUCUCUGCGGCGGCAGGCAAUUAUCGUAGAUUUGUUGAACUAGUCAAGCUUUCGAGCUGCUGUAUGGUAUAUAGUACCCAUGCG